CAGUCGAUGAAGUGGUGCGGCUUUUUCGCUGUAUUACAAUAGAAAUGGCGGCGGUUGCUCGACAUUUUACUGUGUGGAAAACAGGUCAACACUUUUCCAGCACACUCGAAGCGAGAUGGUUCGGCGUGAGCUCAGUCAACUACCGCACGAAGCCGUCGAGGGAGCCAAAGAAGCCGAAGAAGAAGUUGCAAACUGGAGGACAGCGAAUUGACUCUGUGGCACAAUCACUCGCCUCGAGAGGAUUCCUCCGGUCAUGCCAGCCAUACACACCUCCACACGACGUAGCGGCUCAGAUACGCAACUUGGGCUAUGCCGGCACUGCGGUCUUUUCUUCGCUGGAUGACAAAUUCAAAUUCCUAGAAGAGUGCCGGAAGAUUUUCAAUCACCAAGUGCCCAAUUCGCAGUUGCACAAGCUGAAGGGUGUGCAGGAUGUCAUUGAGUUCUAUGAGACUCCAGUGGAUAGCACUUUGCCGCUGGACACGCUCAAACAGGAGGAUUUGCCGGUGAAUCUUCACAUUCAGAGCGAGUUCAAGAGGUUCCUGCCCGAUGAGGACACAAUGUUUGGCGGUGUGAGUGCAUUCCCAAAGAGCUCAACCCUCGUCACGGGUCUGACGUACAGGAAGAAGUACCGAGGCCACAUUGCCAAGAGAUCUUGGCCAUAGAAGGCAAAAGUCUGUUAGUAUUUUGUAUCGCAAAGUUCGGUAGAAUAAAGAGAUU